AUGUCAUCACCAGCGUCCUCCCACAGCGGCAAACGCAAGAGGGUCACUAUCAGUGCUGCCGAGCCGGACAGCGCUUUGCAGACCUCGUCGCGAGAUGCCUCGGGCGAAGAAGGCGACACCACCGCACCAGAGUCGUCGCGACAGACUAGACGGACUGCCAAUGGCACGAACUUGAACCCUAAUAAGAGGCAGCGAGCCAAUUCAGACCGAGUUGUCGAGAAUGGCGACAAUGUCCUCGAUCCUGACGUCGAGGAAGAGAAGAAGAAGAUGCCUCCACCCCCAAUUGGCAAGCUCACCCACCCCGUGGGCUACAAGACAAACCCCCCGCCAACUGGCCGCAAUGUCAGGGUCUACGCCGACGGAGUCUUUGACCUGUUCCAUCUCGGGCACAUGCGCCAGCUUGAACAGGCGAAGAAAGCCUUUCCCAACACAACUCUCGUCGUGGGCGUCACCGGCGACGAUGAUACCCACAUGCGCAAGGGAUUGACUGUCAUGUCCGCCAAGGAGCGCGCCGAAUCUGUGCGACACUGUAAGUGGGUGGAUGAAGUCAUCGAAGACUGCCCUUGGAUCGUCACCCCAGAGUUUCUCGAAUUGCAUCGCCUCGACUAUGUUGCACACGACGAUAUCCCAUAUGGCGCGGACGAGGGAGACGACAUUUACCAGCCCAUCAAGGAAACUGGCAAGUUUCUCGUAACUCAGCGCACUGAGGGUGUCAGCACGACUGGCAUUAUUACAAGGAUCGUCCGCGAUUACGAAAAGUACAUCACUAGACAAUUCAAGCGCGGUACCUCUCGCCAGGAGCUCAACGUUAGCUGGCUCAAGAAGAAUGAAUUAGACCUCAAGCGUCACGUGCAAGAUCUCCGCGAGAACAUCACCAACAACUGGACCACGACCGGCCAGGAGCUCAGCCGAGAGCUAAAGCAGUUCUGGCCUACCAGUCGACCACAGAGCCCAGCCCGGUUCAACAGCUCAGGAAGCGACAUUGCGCGAUCAAGCGACAUUGCACGAUCUCCCACCACGCCUGGAGGAUCAGGGAACUCGAAGGAGUUCAUCACUGGCUAUGCGCUUGGGCUGGUUGGUGGUGUGCGAUCAUGGAUGACCAAGAACCGCAGGACUGUGGCAGGCAGCCAUCCUGCCAGCGAUGACGACUCUGAAGAGAGCGACAGCAACGGGAGGCCGGCACCGGCAGAGAACAACCACGAAGAGGCUACCUCGAGCCGCGCGUAG